AUGCAAGAAACCCAGAAGAAGAAAGAAGACUUUGAUUCUUAUUUUUAUCGAAUUGUAAGAACAUCAAGUGAAGAUGAUUUGAACAUUGAAACUUUAGCUGAAGAUGAAGACCAAAUCAGUGAACUAUUCAUCCACAUCACCAGCUACAUUAAAGUGCUGCUUUCAAAAAUUGGAUCUAACCCUUAUUUGGCCAAGGUUAAUUGCAGUUCAGCUCAACCUCAUAAAACUACUGCAGUGCAUGUAAUCAACCCGAACUCAUCAAGUCCAGCUCAACCUCCGAGAGCAACUGCAAUGAAUGUAACCAACUCAAACUCAUCAAGUCCAGCUCAACCUCCGAGAACAACUGCAAUGAUUGUAACCAACCGGAACUCAUCAAGUCCAGCUCAACCUCCGAGAACAACUGCAGUGAUUGUAACCAACCCGAACUCAUCAAGUCCAGCUCAACCUCCGAGAGCAACUGCAAUGAAUGUAACCAACUCAAACUCAUCAAGUCCAGCUCAACCUCCGAGAGCAACUGCAAUGAAUGUAACCAACUCAAACUCAUCAAGUCCAGCUCAACCUCCGAGAGCAACUGCAAUGAAUGUAACCAACUCAAACUCAUCAAGUCCAGCUCAACCUCCGAGAACAACUGCAAUGAAUGUAACCAACCGGAACUCAUCAAGUCCAGCUCAACCUCCGAGAACCAUUGUAAUGAAUGUAACCAACCCAAACCCAUCAAGUGAGUUUAAAACCAAAGGCAUCCAGCUUAUACAACCUGAAACAAAACUCAUCACGAGGUUGGUGGCAAACACUAUGCCUAAGUUCGCAAACUCGAAAAUUAGAAAUACCACAGUGACAGUGACAAAACCUCAACCGAUGAAUACAGACACAACAGUGAGCUCAACUACAUUGACAAGUGACAGUGCUACUAUCCAUCCUACCAACUUUGCUGUCAUACCAAGUGACCGUACUGUUAUAAACCCUACUGAUAAAACCCAUCCUACUGGCCGGGCUGCUAUCCAAACGAUAGACAGUGCUGCCGUUAACCCAACCCACAGUGCAACCACUACAGUAAAGACAGUCAAGCAAUCCAGUCAAGUGGUUGUAUCUUCCGAUGGAGCUCUGACCAAUCAAUAG